AUGAGCGCAACUAUCCAGCACCACACACAACAGCCUGCUCCGGAUCCCCAGGAACCGACAUGGGCUGGAACCAGUGAUUUCAAUGAUUCAUAUACUUACUACUACUCGGAUUCUGAUCCUGAGUCUCCACAGCUUGACGCGUCCGAAUUUAGUGCUUUUACAGGGCCUCUGGCCAUGUCAGAAGAGCUCGACCACUUCUCUUACAACGUGGGAAUUCGCUCAGAAAGUUUUUUGGGACGGCCGCUCAACGAAAUUAUUCAACGCCACUCAAACAGUAGCGAAGGAGAAACCACUGAGCGUAUCAAUUUCUGUUUUUCUAAAAUUGAUCCGCUCAGUUUACGAACUUUGAUUGACGAUCUCAAGGACAUAUACCACAAGGAGGACAUUAAAAUCGAGGUCCAGCCUGCUUUUGCAUACAACAGUUCAUUAUCGUUAGUGUUUAAAGGUGCUCAGAAAUUAUCAACAGAUAGUCAUCCACCUUUCAUGAACAACAUUGCCUCAGCAUCCAACCUUUACCCAAUGGUUUUUAUAGCAGACCGUUCUAGUAUAAAAGUCCAUGGCUGGGACGGACCCACGGGAGUUCUUGAGCCGGUUCCUGUUUUCCAGUUUGAUACUCGGCCCGCAGAAACAACAGACCUUAUGCGCGAGGCUGCAAAUAUACCAGGCCAACCCCACAAUAUCACCCACAUGACACUAGGCUUUUUGCGCGAUAAUGAGCGCGAGGUUCUUGUGGCGGCAUGCGAUAAUGGCCGCGCCUUGGUUUGGGAUACUUAUGAUCUCUAUGAAAAAUUUAAGGCAAGUCUGCUUUUUUUCCGUAAGAAAAAACAAACACCCUUGAGUCGAGACAUGAUCAUUUUAAAGAAACUGAAACCUUCGGUAAUUUAUCAGCUCCCCAAAUCAGCAUGGGGGUUGGCUAUCCAUAAGCGGUUUAACCUGCUCGCUGUUUCAUGCAACGAAGAUACCGAGCCUGAAGAUGUCUCACGAGGACUUUACUACAAGGAUGCCUUUUACGUCAUGGCCACAUCCAUUUCAGGACAUGUUGCCAUGUGGGAGUUUUUCAUGAAUGAGCGACUUGAAGUGUUUUCUAAUUUGGUUCAAGAAAAAAUGGAUAUGAUUAACUUAAUUGACGCAAAUAUAAUUUCGCGCGAAGUUGCUAGGGAAAAGCAACAGUACCAAACACCAUCACAGCAACAUCCUGCACAUUUUCAUAGCCAUACACAACCUGCGCAGAGACCUAGACAAACAAGUCUUUAUACUGGAAACGUGGGUCGCCGUACCCAGAGAAACAAUUCAGCUAUAUCAUUAAGUGACUUGAUGGAAUUUAUAUCAGAGAGCCCGACUCUCCCAGCUAUGCAAGAAGAAGAAGAAGAUUUUACAGACGAUGACUUUGAACAAGCACCACCAGUUGAAGAAGAGCAACCUCAAGUAUCAUUAUUGGAACAUUGGCGUACGGAUUUCCCUACAGAAGAUAUUGAUCCUUUAUACCUACAUAUUCCAUUUGAAGGUGGCAGAUGGAUGAGCAUUGAUCAAUUAAAACAAGAUGGCUGGACAAUAAAGGGGGCAUCAGAGCGUGAUUUUUUGCAAGUUGGGAGUCUGUAUGAACUUUCUGGAAAUCAGUGGUACAAUGACGCCAAUAUUUUUAAGCAACAGUCAUCUUCCAUUCAUAAGCAGUAUGCCAUUCCAGGUCUGAAUCGGAAGAUCAAAAAGGAAGAUGGUGAAAAUACUAAUAGUCCUGGGAGCCAUGCGCUUGGAGUUAAUAGUGAUGUGAUUCCAUUGUCACAGGAGUUUAUUGAUUUUGCCAUGCGAUUAUCUUACUUUGUCAUUUAUACUAAAGCUAUUCAAAAGUUUGCCGACACUUGGGAUAAAUGUGAAAGUGAUAAUGAGGACGAAUGGGCAGGUGAAGAAGAUGAGGAUGAUCCAGCAGCUGAGCGUGUUAGACGUCCACGAAAUGUUACAUUUUUAAACUCUGCCAUUCUUCGAGUUGUUACUCCGUUUGAACGGUAUAUCCGCAAUACCAGUGAAAUAACACCGACUACUGGACUUCCACUAGACAAUAAUAGGUCUCCACAAAAUACUUCUCCAUCGCAAGUAUUGCCAACACCACCAACAACAACAAAUACUACUUCUACAGCAACAACGGCUCCUCAGUCUUCUUCACGGGUUAGCCGGCCUGUAAGUCCCCAUAGCUGGUCUAGAAGGACAUCGAGAGAGGAACCGACGACUUUUACGACUACAACGUUAUCAAGCGCUCCAAGUUGGGGUGGGUUUAGACAAGUAUCUUGGUGGGAAGACAAUUCUGGGGAAGCAGGCUCUGGACAUCAAGGGCACUUGGACACUUAUUUCGAUGUUCACCGAAAGCAACACAGGGACUGGUACGUGAUGAAACGUACUGCGGGAGAUCUUGCUUCUCCAUUUUCUCAAGAGCUACUACGCAAACCUCCUUUCGAUAACAAGUUUGUGAUUUUAACGAGUAAAAAGAGCUUGCAUCUAUGUCGCGCUGAGUCGUUAUGGUGCAAUGCUGCCCAGGGCGAUGUAUUUAAGAGGGAAACGUAUCUCAUGUCAAGUCUCUCCAUGUAUGACCGAUUGUCCAUCUCUGUGUUACUUCCAGGUAUCAAUGCCAUAUUAGUGGCAACGCCGCUUGGGGCAAUUUCACUAAUGAGGCUUGUUGCCCACAAGAAGGUAUUUUCAUUGCGCCAGGAGUAUGUUUUCCCUGUGCAUGAAAUGCUUUCUGCACAACAUGAGAUUCACUCACAAGAUAUGGAUUAUAAUGACUUGGUAGUUACUGGAGUUUUGGCUGUACCAGUGUACAGAAGCGACCAAAACCCAAGGACUGUAAAUCCGCAUGACAUUACAAAGUACCGCAUUACUGUGACUUAUCGAACAGGACUGGCACUUACCUUUGAGGCUUCUCGGAAUAACGGGGGGAACUCGAUUUUGAAUGACCUUUUUUCUUAG